GCCUCGCCGCCCGCUCCGGGCCGCCCGCGCUCCUCAGGUGCCGCCCGCUCCUCUCCGGUCGCCUCAGCGUCCGCCGCCACCGCCCCUCCGCGCACGGCCGCCGCGCCGAGGGCUGGCAUCGCGGCGGCCUCCGCCAUGGGCGCGUACCUCUCGCAGCCCAACACGGUGAAGAGCUCCGGGGAUGGGGCCGGGCUCGGGCCGCGCCCGCUGCACUUCGGUUUCAGCGCGAUGCAGGGCUGGCGCGUCUCCAUGGAGGAUGCACACAACUGCAUACCAGAGCUGGACAGUGAAACAGCCAUGUUCUCAGUCUAUGAUGGACACGGAGGAGAAGAAGUUGCCCUGUACUGUGCCAAGUAUCUUCCUGAGAUCAUCAAGGAUCAGAAGGCCUAUAAGGAAGGCAAAUUGCAAAAGGCCCUGGAAGAUGCUUUCUUAGCCAUAGAUGCCAAGCUCACCACUGAGGAGGUGAUUAAAGAGCUCUCUCAGAUGGCUGGGCGACCCCAAGAUGAUGAAGAUGAGAAGGAGAAAGUUGCUGAUGAAGAUGAUGUGGAUAAUGAGGAAGCUGCUCUUCUGCACGAAGAAGCCACAAUGACCAUUGAGGAACUUCUCACACGUUAUGGACAAAACUGCACCAAGAACCUCAAACACAAGUCCUUAGCUCUGGCUGGGGAGAAUGCUGCAGAGGGGACAGGCAAGCAGCAUGAUGGGGAGUCAAAUAUGAACGGAGAGGCUGAGCCAGGGGACCUUAUCGACCACAAGGAGAGGAAGAAUGGGAAGCCAGAUGAAGAAAUCACGGGUAUUUCCUCCACCUCAGACAAAGCCAGCACUGGAGGCAACAGCCCUGCUCUGCAGAAGCCUGAACUAGGCAAAGGUGACGAGGCCGUCACCUCUUCUACUGGGGAGGCCGGGCCCUCCUGCUCCUCCACGGGAAAGCCCCAGCGCACAACCAAAUCCAAAUUUUUUGAGGACAGUGAGGAUGAGUCAGAUGAGGUUGAGGAAGAGGAGGAAGACAGUGAGGAAUGCAGUGAAGAUGAGGAUGGUUACAGUAGUGAAGAGGCAGAGAAUGAAGAUGAUGAAGAUGACACUGAAGAAGCAGAGGAGGAUGAGGAUGAAGAGGAGGAAAUGUUGUUACCAGGCAUGGAGGGGAAAGAGGAGCCUGGCUCUGACAGUGGGACGACUGCUGUCGUGGCCCUCAUCCGAGGCAAGCAGCUGAUUGUGGCUAAUGCUGGAGACUCUCGCUGCGUGGUGUCAGAAGGUGGCAAAGCUGUCGACAUGUCGUAUGACCACAAGCCAGAGGAUGAGGUAGAACUGGCCAGGAUAAAGAAUGCUGGCGGCAAGGUCACCAUGGAUGGGAGAGUGAAUGGUGGCCUCAACCUCUCCAGGGCAAUUGGUGAUCACUUCUACAAGCGGAACAAGAAUCUGCCUCCAGAAGAACAGAUGAUCUCUGCCUUGCCUGACAUCAAAGUGCUGACAAUAAAUGAUGACCAUGACUUCAUGGUCAUUGCCUGUGAUGGAAUCUGGAACGUGAUGAGCAGCCAGGAAGUGGUGGAUUUCAUCCAGUCCAAGAUCACCCAAAAGGAUGAGAACGGAGUCCUGAGGCCGCUCUCCUCCAUUGUAGAAGAGCUGCUGGAUCAGUGUUUGGCUCCAGACACCUCAGGGGACGGCACUGGCUGCGAUAACAUGACCUGCAUCAUCAUCAGUUUUAAACCCCGCAAUACACACCCACCUGCUGAAAGUGGGAAGAGGAAACUGGAGGAUGUGGCAGCACCAGCAGCACCAGCAGAAGAGAAUGGCAGUGAUAAGAAGAAGGCCAAGCUGGAAUAGCAAGCCUCGCACAGGGACUGUGCUGUGCGCUCACCAGACUCUCGUUUCUUAAACAUGCUGAACUCAAGACUCCAAAGUCUUGUCCUUUUUUUAGCCUUAGCAGAGGCCUUGUUUGUCCGUGUCCUGGUUGGGGGGUUGGGGGGCGGGUCUGGUUAGCAAGGGCAUGUGGCACUGUUCAUCUGUAACCAUUCCAAAGAGCGAGCCAAGGGCAGAGCUGCACAUGGGAGCAGCCAACGGCCACGGCGUGGGAGCCCACCAUCGGUGGCAACCUCUUAGCACAGAGCCCUGUGGUUAGAAGGAUGUCCCCCCCAUUGUCUCCAUGUGGUUGUUGCCAUUUCUGUGCCUGUGACUUUCUGUUCGGAGGGAAAGAACUUUUUCACUGUUGAGGUUUUUUAAAUCUGCACCCAAUUAUUUAAGGCCCUUUCUGUUUUUAUUUGUGAAACAAUCCGGCUGUGGUGCUGCCGCCACACCUCAUUCUGUUGUACACUUCCAAUCAAUACUUUUUUCAAACUAAAAGCCCGGAAAACAUAGUUGUACUUCUGGUCGUUGGUCCUUUCCUGGAAGUAGUGGGUAAGGAAGGUGGGAAGGGAGGAGAGAAUACCUCUUCUCCUGUGUCUCAGGGCACCGUAAGGGUUUCUGAGUUGUGGACAGCUUUGUAUAGCUUGGGUCAAUACUGCCGCUGCUCCUGUGGGAUGAACUCUGCUGUUCCCUGCUGCUGUGUCCCUUCACCUUGCACCCAUGCUUCACCAGCCCAGAGAACUCAGAUCUUUGUGACAAGGUAAGACUGUUCCCAAGUGGCCCUGACCCCAAGUCCCUCUGUUAAGUGCUCAGUAAUGACAUAUGCAGAGCUGGAACUGCUUUUGUUUCUCCCAUGCUCCUGCAGCCCCACUCAGGGUUGGUUGUUGUCUGUCUGGCUCCUGCAGUGAGGUAUCUGUCUCAGGAGGGUCAUUUUUCAAUUUUGGUGCUGGUUAUUAAAGAGACUCCACAGAGUCUGUUUGGCAGUGAUCUCACAUUGGAAAUUUGCAUUGAGACGUAACUGGUUUUAGAGCACCUGCUGUGUGCUGCCGGUGUUUUAUCUUGAGAACUUCAAAUCAAAAUGCUUGUGGUAUGUCGUGUGUCAUAUCCAAGGCCUCUGGCUCUAAUAAUGAGUCUGCUAUCAGGAUAAAAUCAGUUUUGCUAAGGCUGAACUAGGGGUCAAAAGCACAGAA